GCAGAGUCUGCUCCGACUGGGCUCAGUUCCAUUUCCAGCUUCAACAUGGCAAGAAUGCUCUACUGCUGGCUGCCCUUCCUCUGCCAGAUGCCGGGCCUGCAGGCGCUCAGCCUGGACACCCUGGCCAGCCAGAGCAGCAUCUACUAUCAGCGAGCGCAGGGCGAGCUGACGCUCGACCAGGUGGAGCAGCUCUCGGCUGUGGAGUCCCUCAAGCUGAUCGUGCACGGAUUCCUAGGCUCACGCACGCACAGCUCCAUCCAACCGCUGCGAAAUGCCUAUCGUGCGCAGGGCUUUGAGCACCUUCUCAUUGCCGAUUGGUCGCCCGCCGCCAAUCUGGACUAUCCCAGCUCGCGUCGCGCCAUAUCCAAGGUAGCUCUCGCGCUAGCCCAGCAGCUGGAGCAGUUUCUGGCGCGGCACAAUGUCUCCAGCGAGGCGGUGCACAUCAUUGGGCACAGCUUGGGCGCUCAUAUAGCCGGCGGCAUGGGUCGCCACUUCAAUGGCACUCUGGGUCGUGUGACGGGCCUCGAUCCGGCUCUGCCGCUCUUCACGGCCCGCUCCGAGGACAGCCUGAAGGCGAGUGCAGCGCAGUUCGUGGACGUUAUACACACAGACUAUCCGCUCUUUGGGGAUCUGACGCCGCGUGGACAUGUGGACUUCUAUGUCAACUACGGACGCGCCCCGCAGCCGGGUUGCGAGGAGGUGGAUCUGCUGGCGGCGAGUAAGCUACUGCGGGAGGCCUACAGCUGCAGUCACAAUCGCGCCGUGUUCUUCUAUGCCGAGUCCAUUGGACUGCCCAGGAAUUUCCCUGCCAUUCCCUGCAGCUGGAAGGUGAUUAGAAGCAGCCGCAGCUGCUUGGAUCACUUAUCGGUAUUUCAUUUGAGCAAUGCGUCACUCGCCGAGGCCAUUGCCAAUAUGGAUGAUAGUCAGGUGGUUUACAUGGGUGAGCAGGUGACACACAGCGCCAUCUCUCAUUACUAUUUGGAAACGAAUGCAGCGCCACCUUUUGGCCAGGGUGUGAAUGCCAAGUUUGACUAAGGCGCGAUGGCAACUAGAGCGGAUUUAAAAUGUGAACUAUAGAUGGCGCUCACAUAACAGACAGCUUUUGCCUGACUACAUUUCUCAAGGCUGUAAGUGUUAAAAGCUGAUUGCGUUAAAUAUUUAGUAUGAGAAGAUUUCAUAAAGUUGGCCAAGACUUAA